AUGACAUUCACUGCAUCUGCCUCCAAUUGUGGUGUGCCGUUUGUAGACAACGCAGAGUGGUCAGGAUCUAGCACGACGCUGGGAUCCAACGUAACCUUCACUUGCAAUACCAGCUACGUUCUGCAAGGUAACACGACGUCUACUUGCCAGGCCACCGGAUCAUGGAGCCCCCUGCCCUCCUGUAGCUACCAGUGUGAAGAGGUGGCAGUCAUUCCCAACGGAAAGGUUGCACACUCAUGCUUACGCUUACUACAGUCAUGCACUGUUCAAAUUUCGUGCAAUUCUACGCACGAUCUCAUUGGUCAAUAUAACAUCAUUUGCGUGCCAGGUGGUUGGAGUCACGAAUGGCCUAAAUGCAGACCAAAGGCCCAGUUAAGGGGAUCGUUGACCAGUAUCACUUUGUUCAUUAAACCACCUAGUGACGAACAAGGGCUCAAAAGAUUCAUGGACGCACUAGGAGCUGAGCUCGAUGACCAUUUCAAAACUGAGAUGGGAUCUUAUUACGAGUCAGUUACAGUACAUUCCAUCAGCUCCAACGGAGUGGCAAACAUCUCGUUUUACAUCGGAAACACGGACGCGGCCACAGCAUCAUUUGCGAGUUCCAUGGCGGCUCUAAUCAAGGGCGAACCAAUCACCGUGCUGAACAACAAAACCAGGGUUAAAGCAGCCACACUGGAGUCUGGACAACAAGUCAGUUUAAACCAAACAGAGGCGGAGAUGUCUUGCGCCAUUUACGAGUCAAUCCAAGGGUUAUGUCCCACUCAGACAAAGUGCAAAUAUGUAGAUGAGAAACCGGUUUACGACUUCGCCCUGUUGGUUGGCCUCGGUGUUGGAAUCCCUUUGUUUCUCAUCGCCGCCCUUGUAUUGGGUCUUCUCACGUACCGGAUGUGCAGAAAUAGAAGAAAGAUGGUGGAGGAUGACGAUACAGUUAGCUCAUAUAGCACUUACAAACCCGUUAUGGGACCAUACCUACCGGCUAUCAUUCCGACCCGGUACAAUCCGAUGGGUCGUCCUGGCCCAAUAUAUAGCAACGAACAUGGGUGGGACAAUAUGUCUGAAAUAGGAAGAAAUAACGCUCCGUCUGAUGUAGAAGUUUCAAUAGGAUUCGAGGAUCAGUUAUAUCGUUCGGAACAGCCUUCAAACUUUUCAUGGGACCAUAUGUAUCCUCGAAUUAAUGAACGACUUUGAUCACAGACGUGGAUUUCAUCCAGAAGAGAAAUACCUCAAUACAUUCCCAUUCGGUUGAAAAACUGGCCACACAAGGG